GCUCUCUCUCUCGGCGCGACUGAGUCUAAAGUGCUCUGAGCCAUGCCUGGCCACAGCACAGGGCCCCCCCAGUCGUCCCGCCAUCACAAACAGCACCCCUCCAGCUCCAGAGCAGAUGGCUAUCGGCAAGGUCGGACCAUAUCCAGGGAUAGUGCCACCAGCCAAGAGUCUUGCAAGGGCCACCUCGGGGAGCACACCCAGGAGCACCACACGGACUAUUUCCGCCACUCGGACGCUAAGCACGGGCGUAGGGACCACCCACGUAAUACCAAUGGGAGGGGGUCAGAGACGAUAGGUUUUAUUCCUGGGUCAGCAGAUAAGGCGCCUGCCGGCAGACAUGCCUGCGGCUCCUGUGCCUCCAUGGGCUGGGGUGGUUGUAAGGCCCUCAUCUGCUGCGUGCUGACCUGUGGAUUUUACGGCAGCCGAGAGCCGUGCCUGCCUGUUAACGAGAGCUCCACUGACCAACCCCCGAAAUCGCCCGGCGAGUCUCGCCCUCCCAACGGCAUGGCUGUUUCCAACCCCACUUGUGGCAUCCCUUUAGAAUCCAGCAAGCCUGCCAAACCCUCCAAACUGCCCACCAGCGAUAGCUUCCGCUACCAAGACGUGCGUAUCGCGGGGCAGACUGUGGUGUAUCCGUAUUCUAACCCCAGACGGACCCAUGCUGCGGGCAAGGGGGACAGUCAGCGACCGGUCAGCAACACCAGCCUGUACUCCCGUGAGGACCUCGACCUGGAUGACCUGAGCGACACAGGCACAGACAUUGACUCUCUUAUCACCAAGAAGCUGCUGGAGCUUUACGCCCUGCACCAGAUCGACCAGCUGGCCAAGUGCACCUCUGACUCCUCUUUCUCCCGCAAAACCAACGAGAUCAGCGAGCUCAUCUACAGCAUCGCCCAGGACUACAACCUGGAGGAGCAGGAGGCUGAGUGCAAGCUGGUACAUGGCGUCAUCCGCAUUAGCACACGAAAAGGAAAGAGGAACAAGAACCUCCAGUCUACGGUGCAGAGACCCAAUGGCCGGAGCGAUGGAACCCUUCCCGACAGCGGCAAUGAAACCAUGAUCUGCACCUUAAUGAGCAGUGAUUUGCCUGAGGUGAAAGUUUCAGAGCAGACGUCGUCAGAUGAGCUAGCAAGAAAAAUGAGACACUACAACAGCAGAACGUACUCCUCCAGCAGUGCCACAGCCUACUCUCCCUAUCAACAUGAAACUGAAACGGACUCCUCGGGAGCCCCUCUGCUACAUGUUCUCUGA